CAAAAAAGAAAAGAGACAUUCACACGCGACUUUGAACGAGCUUCCUUGGGCUUCGAGAAAGAGAGCAGAAGCAGACGAUGGUCAUUGCCCAGCAACAAUGAACAGCGAUACCAACAGCAGAAAACAAGAGGAUCGGAAGAAGGACACCAAUACUUCUAAUCUCUCAAGCCUCGAUUCCAGAUUCAACCAAACGCUUCGCAAUGUUCAAGGGCUUCUUAAAGGUCGCAGUUUCCCUGGCAAGGUACUAAUAACACGUAGUCAAGACCCACUUAGUGACUCAAGUUUGCACUCUCCAGACAUUCACAGGCGUUUCUCAGACAAAGAUGUCGGAACAAGUGACCGGAUGGAUGAUUCUGUUGAGGAUGAAAUCCAAGGUAAAAAGAAACCGAAUUCUAAUCCAAUCCUUACCAAGUCAGCAUCAUCGAUCUCAAGCUCUGAUAAUAGUUCUAGCGAAUCUCAGAAGUCUACAAUUGGUGCUAGGGCUACGGAUUCUGCAAGGCUUCUGAAGUUCACAAAAGUAUUGUCAGGGACAACUAUCAUUCUUGAUAAAUUGCGCGAGUUAGCUUGGAGUGGUGUCCCGUCAUAUUUGCGUCCAACUGUGUGGAGGCUUCUUUUGGGAUAUGCACCCCCUAAUUCAGAUCGAAGGGAUGGUGUUUUGAGAAGAAAGCGUCUAGAGUAUCUUGAUUGUGUUGCUCAGUAUUGUGAAAUCUCAGAUACUGAGCGCACAGAUGAGGAGAUUAACAUGCUUCGCCAGAUCGCUGUAGAUUGUCCUAGAACUGUUCCUGAUGUCCCCUUCUUUCAGCAAGCAGCUGUUCAGAAAUCCUUAGAGCGCAUACUUUAUACCUGGGCUAUACGACAUCCUGCAAGUGGAUAUGUUCAGGGAAUCAAUGAUCUUGCUACACCAUUUUUAGUAGUUUUCUUGUCAGAAUACUUGGAGGGGGGCGUGGAUAAUUGGUCUACAUUGGAUCUAGCUCCUGAGAAAAUCACUAAUGUUGAAGCUGACUGCUAUUGGUGUCUCUCAAAGUUGCUGGAUGGCAUGCAAGACCAUUACACAUUUGCUCAACCAGGAAUUCAGAGGCUCGUGUUUAAGCUGAAGGAAUUGGUUAGGCGAAUUGAUGAACCUGUUUCAAGACACAUGGAGGAGCAAGGGCUUGAAUUCCUUCAAUUUGCUUUCCGGUGGUUCAAUUGUCUUCUAAUACGUGAGAUACCUUUUCAUCUCGUUACCCGCUUGUGGGACACUUACCUUGCUGAAGGAGAUGCAUUGCCAGAUUUCCUUGUGUACAUAUUUGCCAGUUUUCUUUUGACGUGGUCAGAACAGCUUCAGAAGCUUGAUUUCCAAGAGAUGGUGAUGUUCUUGCAACACCUUCCAACUCAAAAUUGGACACACUUAGAGCUGGAGAUGGUGCUUUCUAGAGCAUAUAUGUGGCACACUAUGUUCAACAGCUCUCCCAGCCAUUUAGCUAGUUGAAAAGGGCCAAAGUUUUCUUUAAUCAUUGCUGCUGCCUUCAAGUUUCGAGUUUUUAUGUCCAAUUUUCUCUGCGCCUUCUUGUCUAGUCAGAAUUUGUUUUAUCAACAUGCAUGGGUCCUCCCUUGUACGAAGAACAAACUAACUUGGUUCUGACUUGUAUUAUGGCUUGUAAUAUGUCAUGCUGAGUGAACUACACAUCGACCUCUCUACCUUUUACCAAUGAAAAGGACUACUUUUUAUUUGACUGCGC